AUGCCUCCACAGAUCAUUUUGUACGAUCUGCCUUCUCGGCCGCCACGACGAUGCUGGUCUCUCAACCCAUGGAAGACUCGAAUGCUGUUGAAUUAUAAACAACUAGAUUAUCAGACCGCAUGGGUAGAGUAUCCUGAUGUUGAGGCACUGAUCAAACCACAUCUUCCGCCGAAUGCCGCGGGCAUAUCAUACACAAUACCUACCGUUCAACUGCCUAGCGGCGAAUGGGUUAUGGACUCAAGGACGAUUGCCAAGCGUCUUGAGCAGCUGUACCCAGAGCCACCGCUGAACAUAGCACUAGAUCCCUAUCUGGCUGAAAUCGAAGACCUGGCAGACCGGACUGCACAGAUCGUCUCCCCGGACUUCAUUCCCAAGAUUGCGAAGAGGGUCCUCGGCGAAAGAAGCUUGGGGUACUGGCAUCGGACUCGGGAGGAGUGGUUCAUGGGUCAAAAGCUGGAUAAGGUGGCAGCUGAAAAAGGCGGACCACAGGUCUACCGAGAGGCUGCACCACUUGUCGCGCGUGUGACCGAGCUCCUGGAACGUAAUCGUGCGGGACCGUACUUCCAGGGGAGGAUUAUCAGCUAUACAGACUUUAUCUGGGCUAGCUUCUUGCAUUUCUUCGAGAAAUUGGGUGGCGACUCUCUUGAAGUGCUGAUAGGCCCAAAUAAGGAAAGUCAUCUUGCGCUGCUUGAGGCUUGUCGGCCAUGGUUGGCAAGGUAUGACCAUUAA